AUGGUUCUGCAUCGUCAACAAGCCCAGUUCGACAGGGCCAGAUGGCGUGUGGCUUUACUCGUACCCUUUUGGAUUCUACAAUUGCUUGUCCUGCUCGUCGUCAUCGGCCUGUUCUCAUGGCGCCUGUUCGACACGGUGAAGAACUGGGAGACCGAGGAGCAAACAAGGGGCAUGUUCCCCAUGGUUGAGGUCGUAUGGGAAUCUGUCAACAUCGGCUUCUCCCUGAUCUGCCUCGUCUCUACCGUAUACGAAAUGUUCAGAGUCGCUGCCGAGACCCUGACGCCGUGGACCAUGCUCUUCACCCACGUCCUGAAGGUUGUUUGCUCCCUGGCCACCUUGGCCCUGGACAUUGUCGUCUUUUUACAAAGAAAAGACAGCCACUUCUCGGUGGUUGGACUUGGCUUGGACUGUUUUCUCCUCAUCCUCGUCGCCAUCCCUGGCAUCUACUCGAUCCAAACCUACCGCCGACUCACCAAGUACGACGACUACCACUACCCUGUCAACCACAAGCCCUACGGCUUCAAUGACCUCGAAGGCGAGGCAUCCUACAACGGCCGUCUCUCCAUCGGCGGUCUCAGCCUCGGCGACCGCUCCCUCCGCCGCAUUUCCACGUCGUCCGUCAAGAGCAUGGCCGGCCUCCAAAAGCAGGAACAAAUGCAGCAAGUGGCACAGCAACAACAGACCGAGCCGGAUCACGUCCAGCGUACGCCAUCGCAAUACAAAAACGAGCGUGACACGCAAUUCGACAGAUACAUGGUCGAGCGCGCCAUGACCAGCGAGUUCGGAUGGGUCGCCAGCCCGGGUAGCGACAACCUCACCCGCAGCGACAGCUACGUCGGCAGCGGAUCGAUUACCAACGGCAAGGUCGUCACACGGGAGAACAUGGUCCGCGCGCCGAGCUGGGGCAGCUCGCACGUACUGGUCGCGGUGCCGGAGAUGGAUGAGGAUGAAGUGCAGGGCCGCAGCGACAGGCAGGCGCUGCUGGGUCACAGGAGGCAGGGAAGCGAUGAGAGCAUUGGGCCGAUCAGCCCGCCCCUGGCUUCGUCGUCGAGAAUGACGCCACCGAGGAUCCUGAUUGAGGAGUCGGAUAUCGUUGGGGACGAGGAGAACGCGUGGGAGCGGAAGCGUAAGAGGAGUCAGUGA